GCCGACUCGCCCUUCUUGCCGCCGCCGCCGCUGCCAUGCCGGGCCUGCUGCUGGGGGACGAGGCGCCCAACUUCCAAGCCGACACCACACACGGCCCUCUCCGCUUCCACGAGUUCCUGGGAAACUCGUGGGGCAUCCUGUUCUCUCAUCCACGAGAUUUUACUCCAGUGUGCACAACAGAGCUUGGCAGAGCAGCAAAGCUGGCACCAGAGUUUGCAAAGCGCAACAUUAAAAUGAUAGCCCUCUCUAUUGAUGAUGUCAAAGACCAUCUCUGUUGGAGCAAGGACAUCAAUGCCUACAAUGGAGAUGAGGCCAAAGAGCAGCUCCCCUUUCCCAUAAUUGCUGACUCAAAACGGGAGCUUGCAGUCCAGCUGGGCAUGCUAGACCCAGAUGAGAGAGACAAGGAUGGUGUGCCUCUGACUGCCCGUGUGGUAUUCAUCUUUGGCCCGGACAAGAAACUCAAACUCUCCAUCCUCUACCCAGCAACCACGGGAAGAAACUUUGAUGAGAUUCUAAGAGUGGUCGAUUCCCUACAGCUAACAGCUGCUAAGAAGGUUGCUACCCCAGUUGAUUGGAAGCCCUGGGACCAGGUCAUGGUGAUUCCAAGUGUACCAGAAGAAGAGGCUGACAAGCUCUUUCCAGGAGGAGUUUGCACCAAAGAACUUCCAUCGGGAAAGAAAUACCUUCGUUACACCCCUCAGCCUCAAUAGCAAAUGUGAAGAGAGAUCGAACAAACCAGAAUGCUGAUCACCGGGCCUCUGUAGGACAAGCUGCAUUAACUAUCAUGUGUGGAAGUAGAUUUGCCAAGCACACGCAUAUCUAGACUAUAUAGAUCACCUUUUUUAUUAGUACUCAGCAGAGUGACUGAAUGGGCUUAAAGUCCCAGCUAGUCAUCACGGGGUUGUUCUGUUCAAACAUGUGAUCAGUUGUCAUGGGUUUAUUUUAAAUGAAUAAUCAAUUUUCUGUUCCUUAGCCAUGUAUAAACACACUUUUCGGAUAACAGAU